AUGAGUGCCCGUGCCAGACCCAUCAAACGGCGCCCCCGGCCCGCGCAACGAGAAGACUACAACCCCACAUAUUUGCCAUGGAAGAAGCGCUUAGAUCACUUUACUUGGUCGUGGUUUGAGUGCACUAUGUCGACCGGCGCCAUUGCGACACUUCUCGGGCAGCAGCCAUACAGCUUCCACGGAUUAAAGACCAUUGGGAAGAUUUUCUUCAUUUUGGAUAUCGUUUUGUUCCUUGCGUUUAGCGCAUGCAUCACCUACCGUUUCAUCCACAACCGUGGAUCCCUUAAGCUCAGUCUGCACCACCCACACGAAAGCUUCUUCUUCGGCGCAUUUUUCGUAUCUAUCGCACUCAUCAUCUACUGUAUCGAGCUGUACGGAGUGCCAUCUUCAGGACCAUGGCUCAUCAAGACAUUGGAAAUACUCUUCUGGUUAUACGCGGCCAUCGUCAUCUUGGUCGCCGUUUUCCAAUACCACGUUAUUUUCGAUCGACGUGAGCUUCCUGUUACCGACGCAAUGCCCGCUUGGAUCCUACCGGUAUACCCCUUCCUUGUCCUUGGAGUUCUGGGUGGUACACUGUUGAAGAGCCAGCCACCUGGGCCUGGCUUCGCCAUCUUCGUCGGCAGCGUUACCUUCCAGGGCUUGGGCUGGACUAUCGCGUUCCUAAUGUUGACCCUCUACUUCACGCGCUUGGUUAACAGCAAUCUUCCCGAGAUACCCAAACGCCCCGGCAUGUAUGUGGCUGUUGGUCCGGCUGCAUACACUGCGAACGCAUGCAUUUCGCUUGGUAUGCAGGCACCGAAGCACGUCCCCGAACAUCUGCUGGGUAUCACAUCCUUCCCAGUUGGUGAUGCUUUCAAGGCUUUCGGAGUUAUCGUGGGAAUCUUCUUAUGGCUAAUCUCCUUCUGGUUCUCCGCCAUCGCCACCAUCAGCAUUGUCAUCAGUGCUAAGGAGUCACACUUCACCUUGAAUCAUUGGGGAUUCAUCUUCCCUAACGCUGGAAUGACCAUCGCACUCAUCUACAUCGCCAACGCACUGGACAGUCCAGGUAUCAAGGGCGUGUGCAGCGCAAUGACCAUUGUUUUGGUGAUGCUGUGGAUCUGGGUGGCGGUACUCAAUGUGAAAGGUGUGCUACAGAAGAAGGUCUUGUGGCCCGGUAUGGAUGAAGACAUGGAGGACAUUGAAGGGCACGGCCACAAGCCGGGCUCAGAUCAAGAAGACGGAGAUGGGCAAGUGUAG